UUCUCCUCAUCCAAAAAGAGAACAAGUGUAAUCUUAUUCUCUCAAUCUAAAGAGAAAGACAAGUACAGCCAUUCUUGUUGGUUCUCUCCUCUCUCCUCUCUCUCUCUAUCUCUUUCUUUUCUUUUUUUAAGAAAAAACGACACAAGAGUUGUGUUUUAGGAGAGAGAGAACAACCCACCUAAUACUCCAAAGGCGCCAAAUCCCUUUUAUAGUCUUACCUUGUUUUUUCAUUUUUAAAUUUGUUUUUUUUUUCUCACCAAACAACUCCACUAGUUGUUGUAUAACCUUCCCCUUUUUAUUUUCCAACUCCGGCUAUUCUUUCAUUAUUAUCUUAUUAUCCUUAGAACUAUGGGUAGCCUCGGCGACUUCGAUUUCUCAAUGAACAACAACUUCUCCUCCAACAACAUGACUAAUCCUAUGGACCCUGAGGAGUUCCGGCGCCAAGGCCACAUGAUGAUCGAUUUCAUCGCUGAUUACUACAAAAACAUUGAGAAGUACCCGGUUUUGAGCCAAGUUGAACCGGGUUAUCUCAAGAAACGACUCCCCAAAUCGGCACCCUAUUAUCCUGAGUCCAUCGAGACUAUCCUAAGUGACGUAAAAGACCAUAUCGUUCCGGGAAUAACUCACUGGCAGAGCCCUAACUACUAUGCCUACUUCCCUUCGAGUGGCAGCAUUGCUGGCUUCCUCGGCGAAAUGCUUGCCACUGGUUUCAAUGUCGUUGGCUUCAACUGGAUGUCGUCCCCCGCCGCUACUGAGCUGGAGAGCAUUGUCAUGGACUGGCUCGGUGAGAUGUUAAGGCUGCCUAAGUCGUUUCUCUUCUCUGGAAACGGUGGUGGCGUCCUUCAAGGAACCACAUGCGAGGCUAUCUUGUGUACCCUCGUGGCGGCUCGUGACCGAACUCUGAACAAGAUUGGGAAGGAAAACAUCGGCAAACUUUCCGUUUAUUGUUCUGACCAAACUCAUUGCGCUUUCAAGAAAGCGGCUCAGAUUGCUGGCAUCAACAUGAACAACUUCCGUAUCAUACCAACAACGUUGGCCUCAUCUUUUUCGAUGUCUCCAGAGGUUUUACGAAAAACGAUAGUAGCCGACGUAGAAGCCGGACUUGUCCCUAUUUUUCUUCUCGCGACUAUUGGAACCACCUCAACCACAGCCGUGGACCCACUCGGACCGCUGUGCAACGUGGCGAAGGAUUACGGAAUGUGGGUCCACGUUGACGCGGCUUACGCUGGCAGUAUCUGCAUAUGCCCUGAGUUCCGCCAUUUUAUCGAUGGAGUUGAGGGAGCUAACUCGUUCAGCUUCAACGCUCACAAAUGGUUCUUCACCACCUUGGACUGCUGCUGUCUCUGGGUCAAAGACCCGUCUGCGUUGACCAAAUCACUGACCACCGACCCGGAGUAUCUCAAGAACAAGGCCACUGAGUCGAAGCAAGUCGUCGACUACAAGGAUUGGCAGAUUGCGCUAAGCAGAAGAUUCCGUUCACUCAAGCUCUGGAUGGUACUCCGAUCAUACGGAAUCGAAAAGCUACGGGGCUUUCUCCGUAGCCAUGUCAAGAUGGCCAAGAUGUUCGAAGGUAAUGUGGUGGCUGACGACAGGUUUGAGAUUGUCGUUCCUAGAUACUUCGCAAACGUCUGUUUCAGGAUAUCGCCAUCAGCGAUAAGUACGAAAUCUGUACUUUCUGAGAUCAACGGGACGAGGAGGAGCAACGGCGGCGCUGCUGAAAAGGUGUUGACCGUGAAUGAGAUCAACGCGAAGCUGAUGGACUCGAUAAACGGGACGGGUCGGAUCUACUUGACCCAUUCGGUGGUGGACGGCAUAUACUUGCUCCGAUUCGCGGUUGGUGCGAGCCUGACGGAGGAGUCCCACGUAGUCACGGCUUGGAAAGUGGUCAAAGAACAUGCAGAUGCGAUAUUGAGUAGGUAUACUACGUGCGAAUUCGGACCUGGUCAAUAACGAUGGUGAGUGAAUGUGGAAAGGAGAACUACUUUUGACUGUUAAUUAACAGAGCUGCGAUCUUAUAAUUAAGAGAUGUGGGGGAUCGUUCAAAAUCCAUUCAAUAAGGACAAUCUAUGUUACUAUAGUCCAUACAAGAGUAUUAUUAUUUUUAUUUUAUUUAAUUUUAUAAAUAUUCAAAUUUCUCGUGUACGUAUGGAUUUUGUAUCAUCUUUUAUUUUUUUAUUUCGUUUAAUAUGUAAGUGUACGCGACGACGAUAAUUGUAAUUGUUAUUGUAUUGGCUACGUACGUACAGAUGCAUAUGAGUACGUGUUCUGUGGCGAAGCUAUAAAUACAAUGUCGAAUUAAGUUUUUUUUUUUAUGAAUAAAAUGAAAUAUUCUGAAAAAAAUAUUAAUUUGCAUGUUUAA